UCACAUUACGUGAAAAGUAAGUGUGUACAUAGCCGCGCCGAAGCGAUAUAUUUGUCUAUUGCGCGCGGGUGUACGGCGUUUGGAGUGGGAGCUGCUGGCUGGGGUGAGGGUUGAGCAUGCGGUGAUUUUGUUCCAAGCUGUAAAUACAUCUGCUGUAGCAUAGGGAUGCGAGACGAGCACCCCAUUGGAUGCCGCCGCUUCUGCUGGUCCAACCCUCCAACCCUUAUUGGGGGUGGGUGUUGUUCCAGAAGCUCAGCCGGCCCUGUCGGCGACCGCUUCAGUGUGCUCACACCCGCCGCACCGAAAGCACAAAAGCCGGCAAGUGCGCCUUCUCAACCAUCUGAUAUCAGAAUGACUAUGGAUUUGCAGCAGCGAUCCAGAGAACUAUGCUCAGGUUACAGCGACAAUGGCCGCAGAACGAACAGUCCAAGCAGCACCCUGAAAUCAGCCGUCGGUUUGACGACAACUCCGGCCGCCGUGAAGCGGAGCUUCGACGUCGCAUUCCUGGUGGCGCCAGACACCAAAAACUCGAGGCGGGAACCUCCCGUAGAGGACCUGAGCAGGAAGAGCGCUUUCACGAAGGUCAACGGCAAAGAGUCCCCUGAGCAUUCAUCAUACGAAGGGAGUCUCACGCCGAAGCACUUCCAACAUCAGCAGCAGAAGGUGUUCCAGAACUAUGCGCUGCCUCCAUCGAAUUUCAUCCUCAACUCGGGCAGGGACAAACUGCUGAGCAGCUACCUGGGCAAGCCUCGCUCGGGCUACCCCUACUCCGGCGAGAAGGAGCUGCUGAACAUCGCGGCCACACACCCACUGCUCUACCCUGCCGAGGCGUACAUCUCGGCCGCCUACCCCUACUCGAACUUCAUGUCGGCGGCGGCGGCGCCGUCGCCGCCGGCCCACCAGGCGCCGAGCCUGCCGCGGCCGAGCACGUCGACCACGAUCAGCCACAGCCCGCCGGCCAGCUUCCUGUCGGUGGCCGUGUCGCCCGUGUCGUCGCUGCUGCCGCCGUCGCUGGCCGCCCUCAGCCUGCCGGCGCAGAACGUGUGCGCCAAGUGCAACCUGAGCUUCCGCAUGACCUCCGACCUGGUGUACCACAUGCGUUCGCACCACAAGCACGAGGCCGGCGACCCCCUCAAGCGCAAGCGGGAGGAGAAACUCAAGUGCCCCGUGUGCAGCGAGAGCUUCCGCGAGCGGCACCACCUGACACGUCACAUGACCGCCCACCAGGACAAGGCCGGCGACAGGGUCGACGGCGGCGCCGAGCUGCUGCUCAACGCGGCGACGCCCAAGUGACGCCAGCCGGCAGCCAAAAGGGUGCCGUCGGCCGCCCAACUCGUGCUGCGACACUCGCUCGGCCAGUUCCGCGAUUAGGAGCGAGAAUGACUUCGCUAAUUGGUUAAUCAGAUUAAGCAUAUUAAAUAACACUAACUUGUGUGUUACGACAAUGUUAUACUCGACGUCGACCACGACCAAGCUUGUACCCCUCUUUGUUACGAACAUUUGCCAAUCAAAUGUUAUUAACUAGUUUUUAGAGUGAUGAAAUCUUCCCACGCACACACACAGAUACACCUUAUCGCACGCGCCAAAUGCCUAGCUGAGUAGUACACGGAUUAAGUGCAUGUGAGAUGAAUAUUAAUUAAAGACGACGCACCCGCCGCCAGAGAAAUUAACCUUCCCCCUUUGAAAGCAGUUAUGCAAAAUUAUCACACUUUCCAUCGUUCCGUUGCCCACUAGACCGUUAUCAAUGUUGAAUGUGCUCUCUAGUCAUGGUGAACUAAUAUUCGAGAUGCUCUCUUUGUGUUAAAUGUGAUCAUACCACGAUGUGACUAUGUCGAAUUAAUUGAUUUCCCCUGGACAUGAAUUGUUCUUGACUCUUUCAUGUAUAAUUGUGAUUUAGACAUAAUUAACAAUAAAAAUACGUACCUAGAAAUCU